AUGAUUAGGGGGGAGGAGGGCGGGGACCGGAGGUGUCUCGUCCCCACCCCGCCUGGCCAGUCUCAGUCAGGGAGCCCCGGCAGCUGGCACAGCUGCUCCAGAGAACCCAGGCGUCUGGCAGGGCACCCACACUCGGCUCUCUCCAAGGCCACGUCAGGCAGCGAUCCCCGGGGCGGAGAAGGGCCAUGGGGUGUCUGUCCGGGAGCUGGGACCCCCCCGGCAUGGGGCGGCCCCUGGAAAGGGCUGCUGCUGGCAGCCUCCGUCCUGGGCUCCUGCCUCCAGCCGGCGCCGGCCCAGACCCCGGUGACCAUCGUCCUCACCCCGCCGAGCCCCGCGGUGGGAGGGGGCGUCAGCCUGGCCCCCCAGCCAGCGCCACAGGACUUCGUGCUCUGCAGCUGGUACCGAUCAGACAACACUGAUGAAAACAGCCGGAUCCUCACCUACUUCCCAGGAACACCCCCCGUCCAGACCCCCGGCCCGGCCCACACGGGGCGGGAGACAGCGGGGCCGGCCUGUGCCCUGCACAUCGCGGGGUUGACGCUCAGCGACACCGGGAGCUACACGGUGCAGAUACAGAGCCCGACUAGCCCUCGCCUCGCCACGGUGCAUCUGCCCGUCUCUGAAAUGCUGCCCAGGCCCCCGGUGCCGCCAAACCACCCUGAGAAUGGGACCUUCACCCUCCCGUGUAACAGCUCCCCCCGCACCGACACCGUGCUCUGCCUCCGGGACGGGUCUUACCUUGUACCCAGUGAGGGGCUGGGGCUGUCCUCGGAGAGCUGGACCCUCACGGUGCCAAAUGCUCCCCGGGCCGACACCGGCGCCUACUGGUGCGAGGUCGGGAAUCUCGUCAGCACCAACCUCAGUGAGCCCAGGAAAGUCACCGUGCCCUAUGGGCCAGACUCCGCCAGGAUAGACUCUCCAGGACCCAUCGGCCUGACCCUCGGGUCCCCUCUGUCCCUGACGUGUGUCUCGGACUCUGUCCCAGCCCCGAGCUAUCCCUGGUUUCUCAACGGCACCGACACGAACGAGACCGAGAGCAUCUUGACUGUUAACCUCACAAGCCUGGAUCAGCUGGGCAGGUACAAGUGCCAGGCUCACAACUCCGUCACCGGCCUCACGGCUAGGAUGGAGAUCGUGGUGGAGGAAAUGCUGCCCAGGCCCUCAGUGACGCCGAACCAAACCCAGGUGCUGGAGAACGGGACCUUCACUCUCACGUGCAAAACUUCCCCCAGCGCUGACACCGUGCUCUGGGAUGGGUCGUACUUCACGCCCAGUGACCGGCUGCUGCUGUCCCCUGACAACCGGACCCUCACGGUGCUGGGUGUCACCCGGGGCGAUGCCGGCGCCUACCAGUGCGAGGCCAGGAACCCCGUCAGCACCGAACGCAGUGAGCCCAGCACCGAGGUGGGGGCCUACGGGCCAGACUCUGCCAGGAUAGACGCACCAGGACCCGACACGCCCCUGGGGACCCCUCUGACCCUGUUGUGCGUCGCCAACUCCAUCCCAGCGCCGAGCUACGGCUGGGUUCUCAAUGACACCGCCACUAACGAGAACAGGAGCAACUUGUGUCCCGGAGUCCCCGGGCGAUGCUCUGGAACUGCUCCCCACAAAGCCAGGCAGGACUCUGGGGAAGUCUCCUCUGCAGGGCAAGAAGCUCACACGGCUUCCACCUUCCUGGUUUUCUCCCCCCGAACCUCUUCCAUACUCAACUUCAUCGCCGGGAUCGUCGUCGGGUCGCUGGCCGGGGUGGCGUUGCUCGGGGGCCUGCUCUACUUCCUGCUCUGCAAAACUGGAGGGGAACGGCUUGGGGAACUGGGGGUCCCUUGGGCUGGGGGCUGCCCCGAGUGCUCGGGGCCCAAGCAGCGCCCGCCCGUCGGAGGCCAGGCCACGCCCGCCCACAACCAGGGUGUCGGUGACAACAAACCUACCUUGGGUAACGAAGAUAUUCAGGAUUGUACACCAGCCUUCACCGCAGGAGACCAGAAGCCGCCGCCCGGGCCCCAGCCCGCCCCGGAGAGCGGCACCGUCUACUCGGAAAUCAGAAAGAAACGACUGUGAUUUGCUUGGGACUCUCGGGAAUCACUGCACCCCCCCCCACCCCUCCCACCCCCACCCCCCCCAUGCAGCACUCGCUGAGGGGCAGCUCCAGUCCCAACUACCCCCUCCCUCCCAUGCACGGUCACUGCC